AUUUCAUGCAACUAAGAGAGAUACGGGUUUUUGCAAAUGUGAAGACCGUUUGUAGUUCAAAAUUUCUUUAAUUAAUGCUAAAAUUGCUUUUAGAAUUAUAAUUGUGAAUAAAUUAAACUAUUUAAACACGUAUGGUGCAUUAUACAAUCCUGUAAUAUGGAAAAAUCCUUAGUUUUCCCGCGCGUAUUUUGAUGUUUAUUGAACUGUUCUACGGAUAUUUUUUUUGGCAUCGUUUAUGUCAUAUUUUGUAUUUAUAGCGAUAAUACGUAUCGCAAAAAGAUAUUGUUAGACAACAUAUAAUUGUAUAAGCUUCAAUAAAUCUUAUCCCAUAUUCUGUGGAAAUGGGUCUGCCUUGCGAUUGGCAAAUCAAUAAACAAAAAAUCUCAGAACGUGGUCAAUAUCUGUUGGAAACAGGACAAUGGUCUGAUUGCAAAUUUAUAGUUGGCCAAGAACCACAUCAACAAACAUUAAAGGGUCAUAAAUUGUUUCUGGCUAUGUCCAGUCCUGUCUUUGAAGCUAUGUUUUUUGGGGGGAUGGCAGAAAAGAAUGAUCCAAUUGCUAUUCGAGAUGUUCAACCUGAAGCUUUUAAAGCUCUUUUAGAAUAUAUAUAUACAGACCGUGUUGAUUUAGGUUCUUUUGAAUUAGCUUGUGAAUUAUGUUAUUGUGCCAAAAAGUACAUGCUUCCUUCAUUGGUAGAAGAAUGUACAAAAUAUUUGUGGUCUGAUUUAUCUCCAAAAAAGGCUUGCAGAGCGUAUGAAUUUGCUAAAUUGUUCGAAGAACCUGUGCUGAUGGAGAAAUGUCUCUUAAUUAUUUGCUCAAAAACAAAUGAAGUUUUGAAAGAAUCUAGCUGGGAAGAAGUUGAAUUAGCAACAUUAUUAACAGUGUUAGAUCAAGAUGAUUUGCAAAUAAAUUCUGAGAUUGAAUUGUUCACUGCUCUAGAGCAGUGGGCCAAAGCUGAAUGUGCAAGAAAAUCUCUUGAUCCAAGUGAUGGGAAGUUUUUAAAAUCUGUAAUUGGAAAUGCUUUAUCAAAAAUUAGAUUUUUGAAUUUAAGCCCCCAAGAAUUUGCAGAAGGCCCAGGAAUGUCUCCAUUACUUACUCAACAAGAAGCUUUUGCUAUUCUUAUGAAUAUAUUAUGUACUGGAAAUAAAGCACCUAUGCCUGAAGGAUUUUCUACUAAUGCUCAUAGUAGAGCCAAACCAGUGAAAGUUCAAAAUUCAAAUAUAGAUUUGUUUAAGUAUAGACGAAUUUCUACUCCACACUCUAGCGGUUCAUACAUACCAGUCUAUUGGUCUUCAUCUGAAUCUAGUAGUACACCUUACACCUUACAAAGUAAACCUCCAACAGUAAUUGAAAGUGGAAUAAGAAAAGAUGCUUUAAAUUUAUCUGUAAACAAUUCAUCUCCAGUUGUAAUCGAAGGGGGCAUUCGGGAGGGACCUAAAUAUUAUUGUUUAAGAUCAUUGCUUCAGCAAACUGAUUGUCUUAAUACAAAUGUAUUAGACUGUUCUGUAACUUUUAGCGUAGAUAAGAAUAUUUGUGUGUUAGGUGUCCAAGUACCUACACAAAUUGCUAGUGUAACUAAUAAUAUGAAUCAUAUUCUUGAUACGUCAUACACGGAAAUUUUAUAUGCUCAUCUUCUUGACUCUGAUGAUACUCGAUUAACUUAUACGCACUUUACAACAAAAGUAAAUAUUAAUACUCUGGUAGAAAUUACAUUUAAUCGACCUGUUUAUAUUCAAAAGAAUAAGGUUUAUAGAGUUGGAGUAGUUUUUAAUAAAGUUGGUUGGUAUCCAAUGGGAGUCUGUACUCAAAGUAUGGCCUGUGAUUCUGUAUUUUUCUCGUUUGGAGUUGGAAAUAGCGCAGAUAGUGUACGAGACGGUCUUAUCCGAUCUAUAGUUUUUACAUACCACUGUUUGGGUACAUAA